AUGACAAAUUUGGAUUCUCAAAGAGCACAACCACAGGCCGCAGCCGGUGAGGAGCUCUCUGUGGUCCUGCCCCUCUUGCAAUGGGUUUAUGCGGCACGGGUGCAGGACCGUCCUUUGACUUCGGGAGAUGGAGACAUUGAGCAUUUUGCGCGUAUUGUUCGCUUGGCAGAAAGAUGGGGACUACGAGAUGUUGGUGAGCUACAGGAGCGAAUUAUGGCAAAACGGAGUCGCGCACGAGGAGCAGGUACCCUUCCAGAGGAUCUCCUGACUGCCUAUCGCAACAAUGCUCUGAAGGGCCGUUUCAGCUUCCGUUGCCCUGCAUGGUUGGAUAUGGAGGUGCCACUGGAGGGCGGACUCACGGCACUCCUGCAACUACGCUCUGAGUACUUUCGGGCCAUGCUCUCGGGUGCUUGGGCGGAAAGCUGGGACCCAAGUGUCGGCAUUCCAAGGUGUUGUCCAAUUGCCAGUCUGGGCCUGCAGGAAGUUCGUGAAGCUUUUGCAUUGAAGCUUUCGGUGGCGCCGAGCCAGUUGCAGCUUUUGACCACUGCCAGCAACUUUGAGGAACUUGGCGACGACGAAGUACAAGUCUGUGUGCAAGCAGAUCCACUGGAAGAUGCAUUUGUGCAGCACCUCAACCUCUUGGAUUUCCAGGAGGUAGCAACACUUCGCAGCCUUGAGCUGAGUGGCUGGCGACACCCCAGACUGCCAGAACACAUUGGAGAGAUGGCACACUUAAAGAGCAUCGUUAUCAAGACGUCGGACUUGGAGUUGCUACCUCCUCGGAUAUUUUCAGCAACAUUGCAAGUCUUGUACAUUGAAAGGACCAAAAUCUCUGUGCUGCCUUCACUUCAUGACCUCAAGACCCUCCAGGUGUUGCAGGUGCGCUCCACCAAGCUGGAGGAGGUCCCUUCUCUUCCAGACUCCUUGGAGUUUCUACAGCUGGAGAGAUGCUCUCUAAGGCGGAUGUCAAAUCUCAUGGGCUGUUAUCAGCUGAAGCGCUUGUCACUGGAUGUCAAUCAUCUCACAGAACUUCCGGACUUUCCUAUUUCUUUGGAGAAGAUCAGUGUGCAACACAAUCGCCUCCGUUACUUGCCAGGAAGUCUCACAAAGCUGCAAAAUCUUCAAGGCCUUUUCCUAACCGACAACUGCCUCAUGGAGCUGCCAGUCAACAUUGGACAGCUCAAGAAUUUGAAGGAGCUUCACUUGGAGAGUAACAAACUUUGUUCGUUACCUGACAGCUUCGGCAACCUCACCGAGCUUCGAAAGUUGGACUUGGAACGCAAUCGGAUUCGACAGGUUCCAGAAACUUGUGCCAACAUCCAGAAACUUGAAGAACUGUUCAUUGAUGCUGAGAAGCUGGAUGAAUGGCCCAAUGAGCAUUGGCGCAACGUCAAUGUGGUGCGCUUUGUGUUCGGCCUGCUGACUUUACUUCUGAAUUUGUGGCUUCAGUUAUUUAUCCUCUACAAUGUGAAUCACUACAUCGUGCAAAAUGCGGUGCACGAUGCGCAGGUAAAUUAUGCACGGUUUCACCACGAGGUCUUUGACAAGGAGGGCGUGUUUUCGCAAGAGAAGUGGGACAAUUGGAAUCAUGGACCCUACAUGGAGCUAUGCAACAUGGCUGUUAGCAAACUCAGCUUUUCUGCGGGCAUUGUGUUCCUUUGGAGCGCGCGGAUGUUGAAUGAGGUCAGGGACAGUUGGCAGCUGGCUCACGAUCUAUUCGCAAUCGAAUCGCUACCUCUCGAUGCCAAACCACAUGACAUGCUCCACGAGGUGAAGGACGAUAGUGGGGAAACACUUCAUGUUGAGAUUGUGGCCGUGAAUCGAAUGGCAAGGUUUCUAAUGACAGUCUUUGUUUUGCUUCCCAAGAUUAUUGUGGCCAUGUUGCUCGCAUAUAUUGGAUGCCGGUGGUUGGCUGCGACCCAGUCCUUUGGGGAUCUGAUUUUGAAUGCUUUGGCCUUGGAAUUUGUAAUUGGUAUAGAUGAUCUCAUGUAUGAAGCCUUUACUCCUUUGGACGUGCGUCAAUUUAUUGAGCAGACGAAGUUCGCUCAUCUUCCCAAGGCCGACCACAGGGCGCAUUCGGAUGAGACCAUUGCAGAGCUGCUCAGGAGCACGGUGCUAUUGGUGGGAAUUGUGAUUUGGGCAUUUGUCUACUUGAACUAUCUUCAACAGGUUUUGCCCAACUUUCCCCAUGACAUCCGUGAACAUUGUUCGAACAGGUUCUACUCGCACUAUGAAGAGCUCUGUUGUCCCACGAGAGACGAGAAGACCGUGGUGACAAUGUACUGGCCACGGGAUCAAAUGGCCCGUUUGUUGGAGUUCAUCCAUGGUGGUACCUUUGUGGCCAAAGCGGAAGACCUUCGCAUUGCAGUGGAUUGCGCCUCCUUUUUUGGUGUACCAUCUUUGCUGCACCACGUGCGCGAAUGGAUUGCCAACAACCUCAAGGUGAGCACGGCGCCCACACUGUGGAGAUUUGUUGAAACCGAGCCCUUGUUGAAGAUGCAGGAUAUCGACUGCUGUGAGGACGCCGAAGAUGUCGAGGCCGCAUGUUUCGAGUUCCACCUGGAGCAUUUCUCCGAGCUGGCUGGCAUCAAGGCAGUGAUCUUCAACCGCGACUGCAGGAGCGCGCUUCUGCAGUUCAACGACGUUCCAGCCGGGGCACCAAAGUGA